UGACAAUAUUGUGAACAUACUCAUUUUAUUUUCCUUAAUUAUCUUUUGAACAACUAAAGUAUAGUACUAUUAAGGAAAAAUAAGUAAUGUCUAGAUGCAUUGAAUGUGCAAUAAAAAGUGGAAAUAAUUUAACUUAUCCUAACAAUCAUCAACACACCAAAUAUUUAACGAAUAAACCCCUUUAAUUAUGGGUAAUUCAACAGUAACCCCAAUUAUUUAAAUCAGGUGAUGUAACGUCAUUAAAAGAAGCUUUUGUGAGUGGCGCUAAUGGCGGAGUCAAUCCACCAUUCUAUAAAUCGCUCGAAAUAUGAACGAAUCAUCUUUUACGUCAGUGCAUCAACAAUUCCUUUGUAUUGAAAAAAAGAAAAAAGAAAAAAUGAAGGCGUGGCGUUACAGCGAGUACGGCGGCGUUGAGGUGUUGAAACUCGAAUCCGACGUUCCAUUGCCGGAGCCGGCGGACGAUCAGGUCCUGAUUAAGGUUUUCGCCGCCGCUCUUAACCCUAUCGAUUACAAGAGGAGGCUAGGGUUUUUCAAGUCCACCGAUUCGCCUCUUCCUAUAGUUCCGGGGUAUGACGUGGCAGGGGUGGUGGUUAAAGUAGGGGGUGAAGUGAAGCAGCUGAAAGUAGGAGAUGAAGUGUACGGAGAUAUAAUUGAGAAAGCAUUUGAUGGGCCGAAACAAAUCGGUACAUUAGCCGAGUACACGGUUGCAGACGAGAAAUUAUUGGCGUUAAAGCCGAAGAAUCUCGAUUUCGGACAAGCCGCGUCGAUUCCCAUGGCGAUUGAGACGGCCUACGAAGGUCUCGAAAGGGCUCGUUUUUCCGAUGGGAAAUCCAUUCUUGUUCUUGGUGGUGCCGGUGGCGUUGGAUCCUUCGUUAUUCAGCUUGCGAAGCACGUGUUUGGUGCUUCGAAAGUUGCUGCGACUUCAAGCACGGCGAAAUUGGAACUUCUUGAAAAGUUGGGGGCCGAUUUACCUAUCGACUACACUAAGGAAAACUUUGAAGACCUGCCUGAGAAAUUUGAUGUAGUUUAUGAUGCUGUUGGGCAAAAUGAUAGGGCAGUGAAGGUGGUGAAAGAAAGUGGUAGUGUAGUAUCCGUUAUUCCGGGCCCGCCCGUUGACCGGCCCGCUUUCCAUUUUGUGCUGACUUCGAGCGGAGAGUAUUUAAAGAAGUUGAAUCCGUAUUUGGAGAGUGGAAAAGUGAAGCCAUUGAUCGAUCCUAAGGGACAGUUUCCUUUCGAUAAGGUUAAGGAAGCUUUCUCGUAUCUCGAGACUAAUCGAGCUUCCGGGAAGGUCGUCGUAUAUCCGAUUCCUUAAAAACUUCUAAAACUGAAACCGCAAGUGUUUGUCUCGUGGAGUGUUUUUCAGCGAAUAAAUGUCGAAUUUCUUCUUUUAAAUAGUCGUUUUCAAGUAUUUUGUUGUCAUAUGUGAAGUGAUUUUCGGGUGUUGCAUUUUCUAUGGUUAAAUUGUUCGAGAGUUAAUAGCAAAA